UGGGGACUGGGCGUCGGGAGUUGGGCUCAGCUGCAGGAUGUUUUGGGUAUGAGGACAGAUAAAUAGUAAGGUAGUAUUACGGCCUGGGCUCUUCCCUACCUUUUAGGAGGGCCAAGCUCAAGCUGUUUGCUACCCAACACCUUUUUUCUAUUAACUAAGAAUCCGGUCCAUCUGGGUAGCAACUGCCUCCUGCUGCCAACAACCAAGGAUUUCACAUUUCUACGGGAUGGAAAGAGCCCUGGGAAGCCAGAGCCAGCUCCUCCCUGUUUUGCUUUAAAGAGUGACACGCAAAGCAGGGAACACUUGAGCAGCCUGCAGUGGAAAGCUGGAGCCAUGGUGUGUGGCAGACGGAUGCAGGAGCAGAGAGCAGCCAGGGAGAGCAGAACUCAGAGGACGCGGUGGGGCAUGGCGGGGAAAAUUAAGUUCCUGGCUUGGCUAAUGGUAGCCAUCUGCCUCCUCCCUGGGUUGACUACAACCCAGCGCCACGAAGGGCAGCCCAUGGACAGCACCAGCGUGGCAGGUGGCCUGCAGGAGCCAGAGGCCCCGGAAGUGAUGUUUGAGCUGCUCUGGGCCAGGCUGGAGCUGGAUGUCACAGGGCAGCUGCACAUCCAGGACGAGGAACUGGCGUCCACACGUCCAGGCCGCCGACUCGGGCUCCUCCUGCAGCACCACGUGCCCAGUGACUUGGAGGGUGCUGAGCAGCGGCUGCAGCAGUUCCAGGACCUGCGGAAGGGGCCUCCUCUUAGCCCCUGGGAUUUUGAACAUCUGCUCCUCACCGGCCUAUCCUGUGUCUACCGGCUCCACAAGGCUUUGGAGGCUGAGGAGAGGGGUCGCUGGGCCCAGGUCUUUGCCCUCCUGGCACAGGAAACACUCUGGGACCUGUGCAAAGGCUUCUGCCCCGAGGGUCAGCCUCCUCCUUUGGGGCCCUGGGCCUCAAUCCUUGACCCCAUCCCCUGACCCUCCCCUUUCACCUAUCAGCCCCCUAAUUCCCACCCCCAAGCCAGACUCAUCCUGGGCAGGGGCCUCCAUAUGGCACCUGGUUCUUCCCACCGUGUUCCGGUCCUUGGGCUUAGGGCUGCACCCUGGACCAUGCUUACCUCUCCCCUGUCUUCUUCCCCGGGCCCUGAUCGGCAAAGAGGCCAGACUCUGGGUGCCAGGCAGCAGGUGCGAAACUAAAGGCAGGACUUGCAGGCAGUGUGUGUGGUGUG